UGUCCCUCACUGCUGAGACUUUGUUGAAGACCCUCCAAAACCCCAGAGGAUCUUUUGACAGCCUUUCAAACAUUUUUUGGCAUCACUCCUUCCAUCAGCCCCUAAAACAGACGGACAUCAAGAUUUUCAUCAGCUCACUUCAACAGAAAUCACACAAUGAAGCUGGAAUCGCUCCUGUUCCUCGUCCUGGCUCCAGUCCUGAUUCACUGCUACUGCGACCUCCCAGCGGACUGCAGUGACAUCUAUAAAGACCAAAGCAACGCCAGCGGAGUCUACACCAUCUAUCCUGUCGGGUCCACCUCUCCUGUCCAGGUGUAUUGUGACAUGACUUCAGAAGGAGGCCGUUGGACGGUGAUCCAAAGGAGGAUGGACGGCUCACAGAACUUCUACAGGCGUUGGUGUGACUACAAGACGGGCUUUGGUGCCGCUGCUGGAGAGUACUGGCUUGGUCUUGAGAACAUCUUCCAGCUGACACUGAAACGAAGGUAUGAGCUGCUGGUCGACAUGGAGGACUUUGAUGGAAAGAAAGUGUCUGCCCGCUACAACUCGUUCUCCAUUGAACCGGAGGCCUACGGAUACAAACUGCAAGUGUCUGGUUUCACUGAUGGAGGAGCAGGAGACGCUCUGACUUAUCACAGUGGACAGAAGUUCUCCACUCUGGACAAAGACCAGGACGUCUCAGAUGAGCACUGUUCUAAGCGCUACCUGGGGGGUUUCUGGUACCGCCGUUGUGCUUACGCAAACCCCAACGGGGUUUAUCGAUUCGGGCUUGAUAAAACCAUUCUCUAUAUCGGAGUUGAGUGGAAGACAUGGAAGGGCUAUCACUACUCCCUGAAGUCCUUCAGCAUGAAGAUGCGACCUGUCAGGGCGUAUACCAGGUUUUAGACACAGCAGAAAUAAAGAAUACUCAGAUUAAAUCAGUCUUGUGGAUGUUUGAUUAGACUGGUUUGAUUGGUUGACAGACAUGUCACUCAAAACGCUCUCUCUCUAAAAUGUUUCUUCUUUCUCUGCAUCAUCUUUCUCAAAAUGAGCACCCGAUUCAACUGUUAUCACCUGAAUGGACAAAGUCUUAAACCCCUCCCCCCACAGGUUUGGGUUAGUCGGUUCCUACUGCACCCUCUAGAGGUUCAGAAGCUGCUAGCAUCCAUUUCCAUCAUCAGUCUAUCUGGACCAAUCAGAUCGGACCCUGGAGCCAGACGUAUGAACAGGGUUCUUGCUGAGAUGAGACUGGAUCCCGAGUCUCUGGAGUGAGGGUCCGUGUGAUUGGUCCAUCCACCCCCCACAACCAGCUCCUUCUGUGGGCGACUUCUUCGUUGGUCUUUAUGCUACGUCAUAGUACGUCUGGGUCCAAGCUCCCAUCUGAUUGGUUAAGACAGACUGAUGAUAGGAACAGAUGCUAACAGCUUCUGAAGGUGCACUAGAAGGUGCAGCAGGGACCUACUAACCCAAACCUGAGGGGCGGGUACUACUAAUAAUGUCUAUUCAAUGGUGUGAUAAUGGUCAAAUCAGGUGAAAUGAGUCCUGUCAGCUGUGGUAGUGAGCAUUACUCAGAAUGUGAUGAUCUGCUGUGUGGUGACAAUAAAGGACAAGCU